UCCAUCGCUGCCGUGGCAGGGUGCGAUUCCCUACAUGAGGAGAGAGGAUGCAUGAUCUCGGAGAGGGCGUUGAACAGGAUGUCUGGAGGGCUAUACUGAAUGACAAGCAGGAUUCCAUCGUGACCAUCUAUGUUGGGUUCAUUGCGUUCACCAUCUUGUUGUGGGACCAUAUGAUCACGUUCGGCGAUGAGGUUGAGCUCAUAUGGCGGCAACCCAAAACCUUCAUGUCUUGGCUGUUCAUACUGAACCGCUAUAUAACACCCCUCGGCUUCAUCGUCAACCUUGUGGCGUACAUAUCCCCCAGUUGGUCAAGUACAGUGCGUAUCCAUUUCAAUGGACUUGACAUUAUCGCUAAGCAUCUACCCGUACAGGACUGCGAACAUUUCGUGAAAUAUGAAGGAGCUAUGACCCAGCUUGGUAUACUCGUCGCAUCACUCAUGAUGCUUAGAAGGGUGGCUGCGCUAUAUUCCCAAAGAUUUAUCUCCUGGGCACUAGCUGCGUUCUACGUCAUAUGGGUCGCCGUUUCGGGAUGGGUUGUUGCAUACGGUGGACCGGUUCCCCACUCCACCGCAGUACACUCGUGCACACUUAUCUUCCGUGGGCCGUGGCACGCUCUCUCAACGGCAGCACUCUGGUUCGGGAUCGUAUACGAAACUGUGGUAGUUAGCCUCAUCGUCGCACGCACGCUACCGUUCCACCCCGCUCGGAAUGGCAAGACUAUUGCCCGUGCGUUGCUCACUGACGGAUUGCUUUACUACGGCGUCAUUACAUCCGUUAACGUCGCGUCCAUUGUCAUGAUGUCAUCAACCCCCGACGGAGUACGGAACGUAUUUGGGCAGCUACAGCUCACGCUGACCGUUGCGAUGAUGUCCCGCAUUACACUAAGCCUUCCCAAAACGCAUCGCAAAAUAACCGGCAAAGACGUACCCGUGGCCUCUCGUUGGCAAGACGUCUCCACAAUCCUUCCGCCCAUGGAGUUUGGCUGGCCCGAGCGCGACAGUUUCGGUCCUGUUCAAGGCCGCCCUGUCGGCGAUAUUGACGUCGCUGUCGAUAUCUGUGUCGAAGUGGAGGUGGUCUCAAGACUCUCAACGUCUUCACCCUCGUGGUCACCCACGACGCCACGGGAAUGCCAGGACAUUCCAGCAGUUGUGUAG